AUGGCCGUCCCCCCCAAGUUUGCCGGCCACAAGCUCCACCUCGCCCCUCCGUCCCCCUCCACCCACACCUUUGAACUCUACGUCGACUACGCCUGCCCCUUCUCGGCCAAGCUGUUCCGCACCCUCACCACGCAGGUUUUCCCUGCCGUCCGCGACAGGCCGUCCUGGGCCUCGAGCCUCACCUUUGUUUUCCGCCAGCAAGUCCAGCCGUGGCACCCUUCGUCGACCCUGCUGCACGAGGCCGGCCUGGCGGUCCUGCGUCUCGCCCCGGACAAGUUCUGGGAGUUCAGCGCCCGGCUGUUUGAGCAGCAAACGGACUACUUUGACGUCAGCGUCGUCAACGAGACCAGGAACGCAACCUACAGGCGCUUGGCAAAGCUUGCGGCCGGGGCCGGGGUGGACGAGGCUCGGGUCUACGCGCUGCUCGAGAUACCCGACAAGGCGGCCGACGAGGAGUCGCUCAACGUUGGGAACCGGGUCACCGACGACCUGAAGGUGGUUACCAAGAUGAACAGAUUGGUCGGCGUGCAUGUCACGCCCACGGUUGUUUUUGACGGCGUGGUGCAGGAUACGAGCUCCGGCUGGACGGUUGAUGAGUGGAAGCAAUGGCUUGACAAGAACGUUGUCUAG